AAUGAAAAUAUCUUUAAGUUUUCUGAAAGAUUACAGACUGAAAAAAAGUCAUGGAUAUUCAAUAGCAAAGAGAGUUUUCAAAAUCCUUCAUCUUGGAGAGACCAUGAUGAUGCAACCUCAACACACUCAGCAGGCACCCCAGGGCCCUCCAGUGGGGGCCAUGCUUCCCAAAGUGGAGACAACAGCAGUGAGCAAGGGGAUGGUUUAGACAACAGUGUAGCUUCACCUGGUACAGGUGAUGAUGAUGACCCAGACAAGGACAAAAAACGUCAGAAGAAAAGGGGCAUCUUCCCUAAAGUAGCAACAAAUAUCAUGAGAGCAUGGCUCUUCCAGCAUCUCACACAUCCAUAUCCUUCAGAGGAGCAGAAGAAACAGUUAGCCCAAGACACAGGACUUACAAUUCUACAAGUAAACAACUGGUUUAUUAAUGCCAGAAGAAGAAUAGUACAGCCUAUGAUUGACCAGUCAAAUCGAGCAGUGAGCCAAGGAGCAGCAUAUAGUCCAGAGGGUCAACCAAUGGGAAGCUUUGUGUUGGACGGUCAGCAACACAUGGGAAUCCGGCCUGCAGGUUUGCAAAGCAUGCCAGGGGACUACGUUUCUCAGGGUGGUCCAAUGGGUAUGAGUAUGGCACAGCCAAGUUACAAUCCUUCCCAGAUGACCCCACACCCUACUCAAUUAAGACAUGGACCCCCAAUGCAUUCAUAUUUGCCAAGCCACCCCCAUCACCCAGCCAUGAUGAUGCACGGAGGACCCCCUACCCACCCUGGAAUGACCAUGUCAGCACAGAGCCCCACAAUGUUAAAUUCUGUAGAUCCCAAUGUUGGUGGACAGGUUAUGGACAUUCAUGCCCAAUAGUAUAAGGGAACUCAAGGGAAAACAAACAAAACACAGAAACUAUUUUAAGACUUUUGAACUUUGACCAGAUGUUGACACUUAAUAUGAAAUUCCAGACAGCUGUGAUUAUUUUUUACUUUUGUCAUUUUUCAUCAAGCAACAGAGGACCAAUGCAACAAGAACACAAAAAUGUGAAAUCAUGGGCUCACUGAAACAAUUCUGUCCAUGUAAAGAUCCUCUGGAAAAAGACUCCGAGAGUUAUAACUACUGUAGUAUAAACAUAGGAACUAAGUUAAACUUGUAUAUUUCUGUUGAUCACUCCGUUAUGUUGCCUCAAAUAGUUUUAGAAGAAAAAAAAAUAUAUCCUUGUUUUCCACACUAUGUGUGUUGUUCCCAAAAGAAUGACUGUCUUGGUUCAUCUGUGAAUUCACUAUCCAGGAAAUAUCAUGGCAUAUAUUAAACCUUUUGGGCCAUUCAGGAAAGAGCUACCCUGGAGAUGAACGAUGAAAGUUUUGCUGGACUUCAACUACUCAGUAUCCAGCUUCAAGAAUGUGUUUCCAUGCCCAGCUUUUGUUCCUUCAUAAAUGUGUCCUUUAGUUUCAAACAGAUCUUUAUAGUUUGUGCUUCAUAAGCCAAUCCUUAUUAUUUUUUUUGGACUCUUCUUCAAAGAGCUUGCCGGUGAAGAUUUAAAGACAAAGCAGGAGCUUCUUCCAGUAGUUCUGAGCCUUGGCUUUGGACAAAACAAACUUAAGUUGGGCAGCUUUCCUCAACAACAAAAAAAGUUAUUAAUGGUCUUUGUACCAAACCUAGAACUUUAUCAUAAACUCAAAGCUUGGGGAAAAAAAGAGCAAGAGAAUACUGUAACAAACUUCGUACAGAGUUCGGUCUAUUAAUUGUUUCAUGUUAGAUAUUCUAUGUGUUUACCUCAAUUGAAAAAAAAAAAGAAUGUUUUUGCUAGUAUCAGAUCUGCUGUGGAAUUGGUAUUGUAUGUCCAUGAAUUCUUUUUCUCAGCACGUGUUCCUCACUAGAAGAAAAUGCUGUUACCUUUAAGCUUUGUCAAAUUUACAUUAAAAUACUUGUAUGAGGACUGUGACGUUAUGUUUAAAAAAGGUGUUAAGUCACAAAAUGCGGUAAUAAAUAUUUCAUUUUUGAUUUUU